AUGAUCCCUCUGAAUGCAGAGAAGGAGGCUGCAUUGAACCCAACCUCAGCACCUGAAUAUCCUGUCCAGAAUAUUUCUGUCCAGACUGCCACACAGAAAUCCACCAACACUACCCUGAAGGCCUCAGGUGUCCCAGUGCAGGUCCAGUCAGGUCUGUCUCGGCUCAUCAAGAUCCCUCUGAGCUUGUUUCCUGACUCUGUAGACGACAUGUACCACGGCUGCUCCCACAAGAUGCUGAUCAAAGUGAAGCGUCGCUACCUCCCGCAGAGCACCAGAGAGGGCCUGCACUCCACCUACACCAAACUCUGUGCCUUGAAAGCCAUGAAGGAGAAGGACCCGUACGACCCGCUGUCCUGGAAUCACUUCAGGGCCCUUUGUGCCUACACAGCCGGGUCAUAUGACGACUUAAACCGAGCAGUCCGCCAAGGGAGGGCUUCCUACAAGACCUCGUUUGAAUUCCACGCCCUCCACUUCCUGCUUUCGGAUGCCAUUCGGCUCCUAAAACUCAACCAGAGAAGCUGCUACACGAGCUACCGGAGAAGCAGACUGCUCUUCAGCGGCGAGUCUGGACAGACGGUCCGCUUCGGAUCAUUCGCCUCCAGCUCCCUGAACAAGGACCUGCGGCAAUUUGGCCGUAGGACCUGCUUUGAGAUCCACACGUGUUUCGGCGCCUACCUCAAGUCGUACUCAGAGUUCGACUCGGACGAGGAUGAGGUGCUGAUUCCUCCGUACGAGAUGUUCAAAAUCGUGUCCAUGGAUACGUCAGGAGAGGACGAUUUAAAGUGUGAUGUCGUGUUCAAGCUGGAGACUGCUGGAGUUUACAGCAGUCUCAACUGUCAGGCUGCGGGCCUGCUUUAAAAAGUCACGAUUUAAAAGUGUACACGGUCGUUUGAAUGUUUAUUAUUUAAAUAUAUGACAUUUAUAGCAGUGGAGAGAGACUUUCUCUACACUUAAGUAUCUAAAAUAUAUUACACUCCUAGAUUAAAGGCAGCGUUGGUAAUUCUCCUCCAGAUAUACUUUCUGAGAUUUUGGUUGAAAUUGUCUUUAGGUCCUGACAGAAAACUAAUAACUCAUGUUCUCUGAAAACACACAAAGAAAAUCUGUCAUCUGUAUCAGUUGUAAGCCUCUAAAAACUUUGACCAAUGUCUGCAACGAGGUACCAAUCUGAUGAACCAAUCACACGCCUCCCUGCUCGCUCUCUACCUCUUGCGUGCUCUAGCCCACACUCAAAGCACUUUAGGAGUUUAUACUGUGAGUUUACUUACCGCUGAAUGACAUGACAUGAGACGACGUAGUUUCUACACAAUGCAAGAGAUGAGCUGAGGUCCACUUCUGGAGAGACGGCGCUCGUUCAUGUGAGUGAGGGGCGUGGCUUAUGAGGGAGCACAGAGGGGAGGGGGUGUAGACGGAGCACUGAGGGAAUGCUACUUUCAAAAUCCUGCUAGUUUUAGAAAAUGACCAACCCUGUCUUUAAUCAGCCUCGUUUCCACGCUGUGCGGUUCAGUUCGGUAAGGUAUGCAUUUAGUUCUGUGUCUUGGUGUCGUUAUUGGAGAGAUAGAGUCGGAGAGUGGGGAAUGAUAUGCGACACAGGUCAGAUUCGAACCCGGGCCGGCCGCUUCGAGGAGGGGCAGGUAGGGGAGAGACACGGGUAUUUAUUUACUCCCUCAUGCAUGUGAAGAUCACUGGGUUUUGUAGAUUUGUGGUUUUAGUUUGGGCUGGAGAUUCCCCGUAGUCCUCGUGUUCAGUCUUUUGUUUUCUCUGAGCCCUUUUUUAUGUCUUAUUAUCUUGUAUUCAUCAUUGCCGGAGUCUCCAGCCCCUUUUUGGUUCCAUUAUUUAAGUCUAUCUUUUUUUGCACAAUGCUUGGGUUGUUGUCCUUCACAAUAAAGCGUCUUGAGCAGAUUAUUUAAACUCUUGUGUGACGUCUCUUCUUCCCAUGUUUCCAUCCUCAUUGAGGACAUAACUCUGACUUUGAGCCUUUCACACGUGCAAUUAAUCACAUUUCAAAAUGUGAAUCCUUAAAACAACUUUUUAGCCUGCACAGAUGAACAUCCUGACACACGAGCGAGCACGCUGGCAGACUAAAGUAAACGAUCCUCUGAUGUCAUCCAGCAAACUUCAAAACAUACCGGUAAUAUCUGUUCAUUUUCUUUCCAUAAA